AAAAACAUGCUUGACAUAAGCGAUGUCUUGGCGUCCCAGCAGGUCCUAGGAACUGUGCCUGUGUACCUGAACACGCCGGAUGCCAUUUUCUCUCAAGAAAUUCUUCAGGAGUUGGGUCAGACUCGCUUGGAACUCCUAGAGAAGGUGAAAAAUGAUGAUCCUGGCGCUUCCGGAUUUCUUCCGUUGCUUUUCGAUGCCGAGAUGGACGCCGUGUCCCACUUCCUGCUGCGCGUCUUGUGCUGCAACGAUGGCGCGGCGAGCAUCUGGAUGAUCGACGCGGAGGAAGCGCUGUUGAAGCUACGCUGGGAGCAGGCCUCCGACGAGGAGCAAUGCGCAGCACUCAAGCAAAUGAACUUCGUCCCGGAAUCCCAAGGUCCCAGGUCUCGUUGGGUGAACCUCCUGGUGACGGGCGAGUCAAUGCCAUACGCCGUGUCCAUGCCCUUCACGGACCUGCCGCCGAAGCUCUUGGCGGAGCGGCGCUGCAAGCUCCGCAAGGGUUUGGCGACGGUGGAGCGACAGGACUUUCUGCCCUUGCUAUGUCAAUGCUUUCGGCGACAUCUGCAGACAGUGCUGCAGAAGAGCGGGCAGCACGUGGAGCUACUCCUGCGGGAUAGCGAGCAACUGAAGCAGACAGUUGAUCAUUUGCGGCCUCAGCUAGAGCAGUUCCUACUAUCCUCCAGAGGGGAUGAAGCAGGCGUCAACUUGCAACUCAGCAAUUUCCAGGAGAUGUAUGAGAAGUCUUUUCCACCAUGUAUGCAAUACUUGGUGAAAUUUCAACGAGAUGGGAAACACCUAAAGCACCUGGGCCGCAAGCAACUGCGACCCUUGCUACGGGAAGCUGGGCUCCCCUUGGAGGAGGCUCUCGCAUGGUGGCGCCGGGAGUUCCUACGCGACGUCACGGUCACACAGGAGAGCUUUGAUUCAGAGCACGCUUAUCACAUCAAGCAUGCCUAUGGUUUGGAAGGCAAGCGGAAACCGGCCUAUGGCUGGAGCUGCUGGAGGACGUUGGACCAGAUGCAGUUCCCCGUCCCCAAGGGCCCUGAAGCCCAUGGAUGUCCUUUCAAGUCACUCGAAGAGGCCGACCUGAGGGAACUGCUGCGGCAGCACGGUGGGGGCGACGAAGUGCUGACGCAGGAGGUGUCUCCUCCGGUGGGUCUGGCUGCCUCCGAACAGAUCUGUUGCGCUCGCGUUUUUCAGAGUCGUCAUCCCGGAAGUGAGUUCGAAGCCAUGAAGCAUCCGAUGCAGUUCCUUCGCAGGAGCCACGCGUACUAUGCAGCCCAGCUUGCCGGCGAAGCGGAAGCGUCGUCCGCCGCCCAAGUGCAGGUCAUGAAGGAAAACUGCGUGCCCAAUCCGAAGAAGCCGCGAAUCUGCCGGAAGCCGCUGCGCGUGGCCCAAUUAGAUCAAUUUGACGAAUAUUUUCAAUUCAAAAAA